AUGAGUUCCAUGUUCAAGAAAAAGGGCGGCAUGGCUUUUAAGCCGAAAAUGCCCCAGGCUCGUCCUCGAGCGCCUGGGGCUGCCGUACCGCAGCCGUCGAGGGCGCCGUCGUCGACUGCGACCGAGGCCGCGACAGAGACUGUCCCCGUCUCCAAAGAUACGACAGUGCAGGAGACUGUCGAGAUCGGCGCCGGGGCGAAGGGGCCUGCCAGAGACCAGCCUACCACUACCCCGCCAUCGACCGGGCCGCCGAGCACGACACAGACUGCCAUACCACAGGCACACCCACCAGCGGACGAGCUUGCUGCCGCCGCCGCCGCCGCCGCUUCGAUAUCAGAAAAAGCCAGCGCGGCUUUCAUCAGCCAGCAAACGACACGGGCGCCGGCCGCCUCUGCAGAGAGUACCACGCGACCGGCUGCCGACUCGGCCAGUGUGGCUGGGACACCCGCCCAGCUACAAACACCACCGGCCACUGCCCCAUCCGCGACAGAGGUCGUGCCUACGACAGAAACCCAGGCCCCCAACGGAGCCGAGACAGCAAGCACAGCGAAGGGCGGCGCACCGAACGCAACGACAGAAGCACCGGCCAAGCGACCGCGGAAACGAGCGACGCAGACGGCCGAGAAUGGCGAAACGGGCGAGGACGGCACCGCGGCCCCGAAGUCCAAACGACCGCGCAAACAAAAAGAUCCUACCACGGAUGGCGAGGGGGCUCCGAAACGGGCACCCCGGCCGAGGAAGAAGCCGACGACGAUGACAACGACGGAGGACGGCGCAGCGACCGAGACGGACACCCCACGGUCGUCGUCGGCGAGACCGCGGCGGGCCCGCUCGGUGACUCCAGAAGACGCCGAGAACCAGGAGGCGGACCUCAGCACCCUCACGAUGGGGGACCUGACGAGGGACCUCCGCAUCGGCAAGAAGUUCAGCCGGCACGACGAGCUCCUGCAGCGCCACCGCGAGAAGCAGGCAAGGGCCAGGGAGAGGCUCAAGGCCAAGCGGAACGGCUCGGAGGACGUGGCGUCGGAGAGCGGGACGCCAGCGCCGACGACGAGCGGGGGGGCGACGCCUGCGGCGGUUCCGCCGCCCCAGGCAACCAGCAUGGCGUCGACGGGGCCGCAGUUCCAGAUCAUCGACGGGCAGAUCGUGGUGGACCAGAACUCGCUGAGCCUCGACCGACACGCCAUCGCGGCGGCGGCGGCCGAGGGCGAGGACAUGCUCGAGAUCGAGGAGAACGACUUCACGACGCUCACGACGCAAAACAGCUACCGCACGGGGUCGAAGCUCAAGGGACCCAACGUGUGGACCGAGGAGGAGACGGAGCUCUUCUACCGUGGGCUGCGCAUGUUCGGCACCGACUUCCAGAUGAUCAGCGGCAUGUUCCCCGGCAAGAACCGGCGGCACGUCAAGAUGAAGUUCAACCGCGAGGAGCGGCACGCGCCCGCGCGCAUUGACGCCAUCCUCGUCGGCAAGAAGGAGCUCCACAUCAACCUCGAGGAGUACAAGACGUGGACCAAGGCCGAGUACGAGCCCGUCGAGGCCAUCAUGGCGGCGCAGCGCGCGCAGCAGGCCAAGUUCGACGCCGAGCAGGCCAAGAUCAAGGCGGCCAAGGACGCCAUCAACGCCAGGAACCUUGCCUCGCUGCAGGACAAGGGCGAGGGCGGCGAGCCCGCGGAGGAGGAGUCCGCGGCGGGCGGCGGCGGCGGCGGCGGCAAGCCCAAACCGAGGCAGCAGCAGGCCAACGUCGGUCCUCAAAUAACGGUUGACGCUGACGGCAUGAUCACCAUUGAUGAGACCAACAUGGACCCGGACGCCGGGCGGGGCAAGAAGAGGGGCGCCGCCAAGGCGAAGAAGAAGGCCGUCGAGUACAACAUGCGCGGCGAGAUCAUCAACCGGUGA